AUGACAUUAUACCCAGUAACAAUGAAUAAUAUCACCACCAUCACCACCACCACAACAACAACAACACCAACAUCAACAACUAAUGAAUUGAUUGAAUCAAAUCAUUUAUAUACUAAUCCAAUACAAUCUAUUUAUCAUUUUAAACCACCUGAUUAUAAACGUCCAUGUAGAUAUCGUUUUAAUGAUGAUGUUGAAACUAGUACAUUAUUAGCUGAUUAUGUUAUUAUUGGUUGGCCAAUACAAAUAUAUCGUCGUCAAUUUGGUCCAUUAUAUAAUAUUAGUUUAUUAGUACAAAAUAUAUUAAAAACAGUUAAAUAUAGUAGAUUUCCUAUACGUAUUAAUCAUUUAUUAAGAAUAGGACAAUUUAGUAUAUUUCCAGAUCCUGGACGAUGUUGGAUUAAUGUUCAUAAAAAUAAAAAAUAUAUAUUUUUUUUAAAUCAACCAGAUUGGUCUGGAUUUUCCAAAAUUACACAAUUACCUGUUGAAUAUACAAAUUAUGCAUAUAAUUCUAUUAUAAGAAUUAUGAAACUUGGUGCUGAUCCCCUUCAAAUGCGUUCAUUGUAUCAUGAAGAUGUAUUAAAGGUUAAUGAAGGAAAUGAUUUAUUAUUAUCAUGUCGUGUACGUGGUCGACCUACACCAUUAAUUUCAUGGUAUAUUAAUCAAACAGAAAUUAAAAAUCCAUGGAGAUUAGAAACAGGACGUGGAAUAAUUCAAAAAUCACGAUAUCUAUCGAAACUUCAAUUGAGUAAUGUACAUACCACUGACAAUGCUAAUUAUACAUGUUUAGCAGAGAAUUUAAAUGGUCAUAUACGUAAAUCAGUACAAGUGAUUGUUAAACCAGCAACUACUUCACCACCACCUACUACAACACCUCCCCCAACAACAACUGAAAUGACAACUACUUCUGUACAUCCUUGUCAUAAUUAUUGUCAUCGAGGACAUUGUUACAUCAUAGAUGGGAAACCAUAUUGCAGUUGUAUUUCCCAAUAUCGUGGAGUAAGAUGCGACCUUUUUACACCAGAAAAAGAAGAAAACCAUUUGGAUCAACUGCCAAUUAAUGAAUCAAAAUUUGAUUCAUGCGAAUCAGGCUGUGAAUCAAAUCUUGCUCGUGUACUUUUAUUUUCAACAAUCGGUAUUCUUCUUACAUUACUUUUCAUCUUUUUUCUAUGUUCAAUAAUUCAAAUUUGUUAUAAAAAGCGACAGUCAUCAAACAGAACAUGUUCAUCAGUAGUGGUAAAAUCAACAGUUUCGAAACAAGAUAAUCCAGAAAAUAUUCCACAUAAAUUGAAUCAACAUCCAAUCAAUUUAUCAUUACCUAAACAGAAUUAUUCAAAACUAUCUAAAAUAUAUCUUAAUCCAUUAUUUGAUACAGAUAUAACUAAAGCAUAUUCAAUGAAUAGUAAAACUAAUCCUACGGAUAUAAGCUCACAAAGUACAAUGAACGAGAAUUCUAAACGUCAUCGUCAUCAGCAGCAGCAGCAUCAUCAUAUUCUUUCUAAUCAACAGUUUCCCAUUACAAACAUAAAACAUAAUUGUACGAAUUAUAUUGAUCCUUCAACAUAUAUAUCAUCAAUAUCAACUAUGAAUAAAACUGAUCUAAAAAUGAUCGAUCAUUCAAAUAUUCAUAAAAAUUUAUCAAUAUCAUCGAUUAUUGAUUUCAUUGAAAAUUCUUCAAUAUUAUCUGAUUCUUUAAUUAAUUAUUCUGAUAAUUUAUCACAUAUAAUGAAACAAUCAAUAAAUCAAUUAGAUCAUUCUAAGAUCAAUAAUAUAAAUCAUAUAGAAUCUAUGGGAACUUCUUUAUUACAUAAUAUACCAAUAAUAAGUGAAUUUAAUGAUGAUAAAUCUAUUGAUCCAAUAAAUGAUCACACUCAUUUACCGAAUACUUAUACAAGUUCUAAUGGUUCAAAUCAAUAUAAUUUAUCAUUAAUUGAUCUAUAUCAAUCAAAUUAUAUACCAUGUUCAAAUAUAGACUCAAUCAUUCAUCAUAUACCAUUCAUGACUAACUUAUCCCAUGAUAAUAAUAAUAAUGAUAAUGUUAUAUUCAAUUUGAAUAAUACUAAUGACAUGACAAAUAAUACAGAAUGUUUAAAUCAUUGCCAUUGUUCAACAUUCAAUAAACUAAGUAAUACAGAAAAUGUGUUACAUAACUCAUUAAUAUGGAAUCAUUCAAAUAAUAAUGAUCAUCAUCAUGAUCAUGAUCAUGAUCACCAUCAUAACACAAUGAUGAAUGCAUCCUCAUUAUCAAAUAAGUCUUGUCAACAAUGUUUAUUACAUCAUCAUCCUCAUCAUUGUAACCAUGGCUACCAAAUAAAUCAAUAUGAAUAUUCUAAAAAUUCUCCAAUACAAUUAGAUUUCAAUUCAAUGACAAAUACUUCUAAGAGUUGUUAAUUUAUCUAAUUGAAAAUGAGAAUUUUUUAAAAAAAUGUUUUUUUCUUUUUUUUCUUCUUUUUUCAAGCUUUACUCUCACUUUUGUUGUUGUUGUGGUGGUGGUGG